AUGCCACCUGCACCAAUCCCUGUACCAGCUCCUCCCCCCAUCCCAGUACCAGUCCCCGUCCCCAUCCCCAUACCAGUCCCCAUCCCCAACCCGCUCGCCCGAGCAUGCGAUGCCGAGGUGCCAAACGUCAUACCCGUCAGGGACGUAGCCCCAACCUUGUGGAUUAUGCAGGAGGCGCUGAACAGUACCCACAUGACAGUGUGGAGAAACCACGUUUACAACUUGCAAGCACGCAGGAUCAACCGCGCCCGUAGUCAUGCCGUUCCUGGUAAUGCAUCGCGCGCAUGGCCGAAGUACAUCAAGAUGGUUGAGAUUGUCAACGGAGAGGUGUAUCACCCGGCGCCGAACGAUAAGGCAUCGAUCCACGCAAUGACGCAGGCGCAAUGGAUGCUGUUGGGGGCCGCCUACCAGUUGCCGUGGGUUCCGGUGGGUCCUGGGAGGACCACGAGGCCAGAGUGUAGGAGAGAUUACAAGGCGUUUAUUGGUAUGAGGUCUUAUUGA